UUGACUAUAAAAUAAUUCGAGAAUUAGUUGGGAAAGACUCUUAGUAUUUUUACAGAGAAGCGUCUCCUGAAGUAAACAUUCCAAAGCUAAUCAGAGCCCAGAGUUAAGUUCCAACCGUCCCAGUCACAAUGUUUUCCAAACAUCAGCGAUUUCAAGGAAUCAAGAGAAACUACAGCCCGGAGACCGUAGAAAAGCUUCGCGGUUCCCUCAAAAUCGAGUACUCUUUGUCGAAGCGAGGAGCCAUAAAACUCUGGGAUCUUUUGACUCGUGGAGGAAAUUCUUACGUGAACGCUUUAGGAGCUCUCACGGGUGGACAGGCCGUUCAGAUGGCCAAAGCCGGUUUAAAAGCCAUCUAUUUGAGUGGAUGGCAAGUUGCGGGUGAUAACAACCUAGCUGGGCAGACUUAUCCCGAUCAAAGUCUGUAUCCUGCUAACUCUGCGCCAAAACUGGUAGAGCGCAUCAAUAAUGCGUUCAUCAGGGCAGACCAGAUUGCACACAUGGAAGGAACAGAUAAACACAUUGAUUACUUUUUGCCGAUUGUUGCUGAUUGUGAAGCUGGCUUCGGUGGGCCAUUAAAUGCAUUUGAACUCACCAAGUCCAUGAUUGCAGCAGGUGCUGCAGCCGUCCAUUUUGAAGACCAACUGGCCUCGGAAAAGAAAUGUGGUCAUAUGGGAGGAAAAGUGUUAGUACCCACCCAACAAUUUGUUAAGGUCCUGAAUGCUGCACGACUGGCUGGUGAUGUUCUGGAUGUCCCUGUUGUGAUUGUUGGCAGGACUGAUGCUAAUUCUGCUGCACUAGUCACCUCAGAUAUUGACCCUUAUGACAGGCCUUUCCUGACUGGAGAACGAACACCAGAAGGGUUCUUCCGUGCCAAGACAGGCUUGGACCAAGCCAUUGCAAGGGGCCUGGCUUAUGCACCUUACUGCGAUGUGCUGUGGUGUGAAACUGGCAAGCCAAACCUUCAAGAAGCAAGAAGAUUUGCUGAAGCUAUUCAUGCACGCUAUCCUGGAAAAAUUCUGGCAUAUAACUGUUCACCUUCAUUCAAUUGGAGGGCCAACCUCAGCGAUGCAGAAAUUGCCGUCUUCCAAAGGGAACUGGGAAAAAUGGGUUACCGCUUUCAGUUUGUAACCUUAGCUGGCUUUCACUCCCUCAAUCAUGCCAUGUUCAAGCUAGCACGUGACUACAGAGACAAUGGUAUGUCUGCCUAUACUAAGGUCCAAGAAGAUGAGUUUGCACAGGCUAAGAAUGGUUUCACUGCUCACAAACAUCAGAGAGAGGUUGGAACAGGGUAUUUUGAUCAAGUUUCCAUGGCAAUCAGUGGAGGAACCAGCUCGACAACAGCACUCAAAGGUUCCACGGAAGAAGAACAAUUCACUCAAAAAUCAGCAUAUGCAAUGGCCAAACUUUAAGCCAUUCUUGAUAUCAGUAUUAAUCUUUAAUCUCAUUAACAACAGCAGCAACUUUAAAUUUCACUUCUUUUAAUUUGAUUUUAUCAUGAUUUACUCAGACACAUUUUAGUGUAUUUGAAUACUGUAUUCUGUUCUUUUGUUGAGCCAUUUGAUACUAACGUGUAUUCAUUUGGAAACAAGUUACCACUAUUCAUAUUUUGGAUGUAAAAAUUAACAUAAAGCUUGAUUGAAAUUGAAAACAAAACAUCAAUCACAAUUUUAUUAUUCCUCAAGUUAUAUAGGACUCAGAUACAAUGAAUAUAUGAAGUUCAUAUAUUUUGAACUGCGGUAUUAAAUACGUAUGAUGCACAAUCCUUCGCAGUAGGACUAAUGAUAAUUAUUUAUUAUGCAAGGUUUUAUGAAUAACUUAUUGUUUUAUGUAGAAAAACACCAUUAUAACUUAAUCUCAGAAACUUAACUUGUCAUUCCUGGUUAAUGCCUUUCAUUAGGAAGUAAUUGGCAUGGUUUCUUUGCAAAUUGAGGUGAACCAUUCGGGAUUUAGACAUUACUCUGUAAACCCACUAUUACUGAUGUUCUCAGAUAUAUUAAGAUUUCAUUGUCAAUUACCCUUUCCCAGAAAUGUUAGAAAUGUUUAAGUCGAGACUAUCCACACUUUGGAGUCCUUUCUGUUGGUGGCCACCAAGAUACCCUAGUUCUUUCUAAUAAGUUAAUGAAGCAGGUUACAGAGCCAAAGCUGUUUUUUCCAACUCAUUGAUGAAAUACUCAUUUGGUGUCCAGUUUUUAUCAUUCAAUCAAGACAAAACAUGUCAACGAACUCCAUAGUUUUUUUUUUUUUUUUUUUUU